GUCGGAAACUCGCGCCUCAGCUUUCUCAGAGUUCGCACUGCGGAGCGGAGCUAACAUACUUGGUCGGGAAUCAGAAUCGCCGUUUUCAGAUAUCGUGUCAAUCCGAGUCUCCUCCAGCAUAUACCAAUCCUCUUCGUUACUCAACUGGAUCAUUCAUUCUUGCACCUAACGGUCGGUGGUCUGUCACUGCGGUAGCUUGUUCAUUCCUUUUGCAGCUGCACAGAUCCAGCUACUAGCCAUCCUUAGCUCGCCCUAUCCACCAUGAACGCCCUGAGAGGUUGCGCCUCUUCGACGCUGAGACGAUGCUCAUCCAGAGGUUAUGCCAGUGUCUCGGCGGGUGUGCCCUACCAACAAACCCGCAGCAAUCUCAAGAUUGAUGCCAACACAAAGGUCAUUUUCCAAGGCUUCACUGGCAAGCAGGGAACAUUCCAUGCCCAACAAGCCAUUGACUACGGAACAAAAGUGGUUGGUGGAACAAACCCCAAGAAGGCUGGAACAACACAUCUUGGUCUUCCUGUCUUUGGGAAUGUUGCCGACGCUGUCAAGGAGACUGGAGCCAAUGCUACUUGCCUCUUCGUCCCUCCUCCUUUAGCAGCUGCCGGUAUCGAAGAAGCAAUUGAAGCAGAGGUCCCCUUGGUCGUUUGCAUCACCGAAGGCAUUCCACAGCACGAUAUGGUCCGCGUCACCAAUAUCCUGAAAACCCAGUCAAAGACACGUCUUCUUGGACCCAACUGCCCAGGCAUCAUCGCCCCUGGACAAUGCAAGAUUGGCAUCAUGCCCGGUUUCAUCCAUAAGCGCGGUCGCGUUGGAAUCGUGUCAAGAUCAGGAACGUUGACAUACGAAGCCGUCAAUCAAACUACCCAAGCAGGUUUGGGUCAGUCGCUCGUUAUCGGCAUUGGAGGUGAUCCGUUCAGCGGAACCAACUUUAUCGAUGCCCUGUCCGUAUUCCUGGCCGACGAAGAAACGGAAGGAAUCAUCAUGAUUGGUGAAAUCGGAGGAAGUGCGGAAGAAGAUGCUGCCGAAUUCUUGAAGAGCGAGAACAAACAGAACAAGCCCGCCGUCAGCUUCAUCGCCGGCAUCAGCGCACCCCCAGGUCGGCGAAUGGGUCACGCAGGAGCCAUUGUCAGUGGAGGCAAAGGUGGUGCCGAUUCCAAGAUCUCUGCCCUAGAAGCUGCAGGAGUUAUCGUACAGAGAAGCCCCGCAUUGCUCGGCAAGAGUCUGCACGAACAGUUUGUGAGUCGAGAUCUGCUCUAAGCCAGGUGAGCUGGGUCUCCUCAAAUAUGAGAGGUGUUGAAUAGCUGCGGGUUGCGAGUUCCUGUCUUCUGUAGCACGUCCAAGUUAUCAGAAAGGAGGAAGGUUUUUGCGAUGGUGUAUGUCUAAACAUUUCCAUUUAUCACUGCUUUGCAACUCGUUCCAAGUACCAACAGCUCUUUCCUGGCAGCUGCAUUCUCAGAGAACUGAAGGUAUUUACCCUGCCUAUCUGUCUAAAACCCCGCGCGUG